CUGCGCAUCUCAGCCCCAAGGGCCCGACUGGAGAUGUGCGCUCAACCGAAUACCGGCAACGUGAUCACAGCGCCACCUUUUGGAAAAGUGCGGAGGUGCACCGCAGAUCCAAGAGGAACUCGAUGGACAACAUUGUUCCCUUGCGUAACAGACUUGAAGAAUUUUUACUCGAGAAACGGUGGCCGUACACUGGACCGCCCGGUCCGCCCGGUCCGCCCGGCCCACAGGGUCCGCAGGGUCCGCCCGGUCUACAGGGUCCACCUGGACAGUGUUGCGCCGGUGCAGGAGCUACAGCAGCCCCGGGCCGCCCACUGCCAGCAACCACAGCGCUGUCACCUGUGGAUGCACAUGGUUUUCAAGUUCGUCUUGCGGGUGAAUCUAAUAGGAAUACCCCGCUCGAGGGCCGGGUGGAGGUGCGGUUCGGGACCGGCGCAUGGGGGACCGUAUGUGAUGACGAAUGGGACCUGAAGGAUGCGCAGGUCGUCUGCAGGCAGCUCGGCUUCGGGAAGGCCCUGGAGGCAAAAGAAAAGGCCCAUUUUGGAGCGGGUUCUGGGAGCGUUUGGAUGAAAAACGUGGAGUGUAGGGGGAGCGAGACGAACCUUGGAAACUGUCCAGCUGUGUACCUCGAACGUACUGAUAGCCGUGAUGAUCAAAAGUUGUGUAGACACGUUGAGGACGCAGGGGUCGUCUGUGAAGGCAAGCUAGCUGUCCAGCUAGCUGUCCGGCUGGAUGGCGGCCGCCUGCCCUGGGAAGGACGAGUGGAGUUCCGUCCGGGAGACAAGUCGGAGUGGCGUGCCGUGUGCAACAACGGCUGGGGUGAGACUGAGACAGGGACCGUGUGCAAACAGCUGGGGUAUACAGGGGGCGUGAGCUCAGCUCCUACAAGCACCUACUCAAGCCGGACCUGGCUGAAACGCGUCUCCUGCAGUGAAACGAAGACUAACAUCGCAUCCUGCGCAUUAGUCUGGGUCUCGGGCUCCCGCGGCUGCCUAGCACAUCAGAAGAAUGUACAGGUCGUUUGCAUAGGUGACGUGUCCAUCCGGCUUGCUGGAGGCCAAACUCCACCAGAAGGUCGGGUGGAGGUGCGGGCCGGAUAUGGAGACUGGGGGACGGUCUGUGAUGACGGGUUUGACGACAGGGACGCUCAGGUGGUCUGCAGACAGCUCGGGUUUGUUAACGGAGUCGCAACACAGGGAAAAGAUUAUCCUGGAGGGACGGGAGAGAUCUGGCUGAACCAUCUCAACUGCGACGGGAGCGAGUCUUCUCUGGCGGACUGUGGAAUCACCAAGUGGGGAGGCCAUGACUGUACCCACAAGGAAGACGCAGCAGUCAUCUGCGGAGGAGCAGGUACCAGUUCAAUAUAUAGUAUUUAUCUGCAAAUAUGCAAGGAUUGCUGCGGGAAUUAGAACAAGUGUCCAUAG